UGCUCCUAGCGGGCCGUCGCGCGGGGCUUGCGGCAACUCCCCCCUCGCUCGCGUCCGCGCCCCGCCGCGCGCCGUCCUUUGGGCACGCGCGUGCCCGCCGGAGGCUCCGAGCGGGCGGCGAUUGGCUGACGCGGUGGCGGCGCCUCGGGCCUGAGAAACUCCGGGCGAGCGCGCAGAGUCCGCUCGGGGCGGUGCCAGGCGCGUCCCAGCUAAUCCAAAAGUAAAUGCGGAACUUAGAAAAAGAUUGCCAACUCCAGAUCAACAUAUUUAGAGAAAAUUGGAAAAGGAGAAGCUUACUACAGCUUUAUUUGAGGACUUUUUAAAGAACGCAGCGUUCUAGCUGUGAGCUUCAGUCUUGGAGCAAAAACCAGGGACAUUGCCAGAACAAACAAGAACAGAAGUACAAAUGGAAGACUGGUCAAAAGGUAUAGCCCAUAUUCAUAUUGAACAAGACACUGCUGGGAGAAAUAAAAGUCCACAGCUAGACGAACAACUAACUAUGAAUUCUAAGGGAAGCUUGAUUCAGAAAUCCAGUGACUUAGUUAAUGAAGUCACAGAUGCAGACGCUGACCUGCCAGGGCAUAGAUCAGCGACUUUUCAGGUGGUCAUUCCUGAUCCAGAUGAUGAGACACCUGAGAAGUGCGACAUUAUGGAAUAUAGAAAGAAUGACCUACAUUAUGAAUGUAUGAUUCCUUAUCAAGUUACUUCAGAUAUAGAUAAAGAGACAGUAUCAUUUCUUCUAAAAGAAUUGGAUAUACUCAGAACAAACAAUGAAAAGCUUCAAGAAAAACUGACUAGAGAAAAUAAAGAACAGAAAAAAUUAAAGCUUAAAUUGGAACUCCAAGAAAAAGCAAUGGAAGCUAAAAUUGCUGAAAAGACAGCAGAUCUAGUUGAAGAAGUAUAUUUUGCACAGAGGGAACGUGAUGAAGCUCUUAUGGCUAGACUGCAGUUAGCCAUCACGGAGAGAGAUGAAGCAAUUGCACGGGCCAAGCAUAUGGAAAUGUCUGUAAAAAUGCUAGAAAAUAUUAACCCUGAAGAAAAUGACAUGACAUUACAGGAAUUACUGAACAGAAUAAACAAUGCAGACACUGGGAUAGCUAUUCAGAAGAAUGGAGCUAUAAUUGUAGAUAGAAUCUACAAGACCAAGGAGUGUAAAAAGAGAAUAACUGCAGAAGAAAUGAAUGCUGUGAUAGAGGAACGGGAUGCUGCUUUGUCUCAGUGCAAACGGCUAGAGCAGGAGCUUCAUCAUCUGAAAGAGCAGAACCAGACUUCAGCAAACAACAUGAGACAUCUGACUGCUGAAAACAAUCAGGAACGUGCUCUGAAGGCAAAUUUGUUAUCAAUGCGUCAAGCAAAAGAAACUGCAGUUGAACAAUACAAGAAACUAGAAGAAGAAAUUCAGACACUACGAGUUUACUACAGUUUACACAAAUCUUUAUCUCAAGAAGAAAACCUGAAGGAUCAGUUUAACCAUACCCUUAGUACCUAUGAAGAAGCUUUGAAAAAUAGAGAGAGCAUUGUUUCCAUCACUCAACAACAGAACGAAGAACUGGCUACCCAACUGCAGCAAGCCCUGGCAGAGCAAGCAAACAUGGAAUUACAGCUUCAGCGUGCCGUGCAGGCCGCCCAGGUCGCCAAUGAGAAAGUUCAGAAGUUGGAGAGGCUGGUGGACGUCCUGAGGAAAAAGGUUGGAACAGGGACCAUGAGGACAGUGAUCUGACUGCAAAAACGACAAUCUGGGGGAAGCGAUCACAUCUGGUGACCAGGCUGCUUCAUUCAACACUGUGUAAACACUAAAAGCCUUAACUUAGCAAACAGUUGUUAGAAGUGGGACACUCCAACCACAUUCCAAGCUGAGAUAAAAUCAAAUCACAAAUGUUUAACCACUUUGCUGCUGACUUGAGUUAUUUAUCCAAAUAUAUUAACUUUUUACCAAUGGGUAGCUAUAAGGUUGCAGUUUGUUUUAUAACUAUUUUGUAUCUCAGUAUGUUUAGUAUAAAUCUUGGUACUGUAAGGCCACUGUAGAUAUAUAGUACAGUUGGUCAGGAUAAUAUCUUCACAUAUGGUCCUUUCUGAAACUAAGUACAGCAAAGUAAAUAUUGUCUAAGCCUUAAUCCACUGUGUUAGGUCAAAACUUCAAAUAAAUGCAAUUUCCAAUAUAGAGUAUAUUUCUUAGUUGAUGAGAAAGGUUCAGACACGAGAGUGUGUAGUCUUCCUUAAUAUGAGUAUGUAAUCUUUCUUAGUUAAAGGCUAUUAAGUAUAGAUGCCAUCAAUGAAAUGUAUAAUUUGCUUUAAUAAGAGUUUAGUACGGUAAAAUUACAUUCAUAGAGUCAUGAUUUUCAUUUCACUUGAAAAUAAUGCAGACUGUUUUCAAUAAAAGGAGAAGGUUGUUAAUGUGCACUUAUAAAUUCAUAUUGUCAGUAUUUUUGUAAUGUUGAGCCUGGGUGAUUAUCUAAGCUCCACUUAAGAUGAAGAAAUUGCCAAGUUUCUGUCAAAUAGUCUGGGACACUUAGGGCUUGGAAGUUAGCAUGUGCCAGUACGUCUGUAUCCUAAAAAGCAAGAAGUCAUCAAAUUUGCUCAUUGUUCUUAUUUAUUAUCUUUUUUAUAGAUUUGAAUUUUUGUUGUGGAGGAAGAGAAUACAAUGUAUAAUGUACCAUAAAACUGUAAUUUACAAUAUAAGGACAUAAGAAAAAGUACACCUGCAAUUUGGCUCAGGUUACCUAGUUUUUUUAUUUUACUUAAGAGGUAACUUUAAAUAGUUAAAGCAUAUAAUGAUAUGAAUAAAACUGAGAUGUUAUAUAUUUUGCUAUACAAAAAUUCCUCCCUUUGUUAGGUGGAUUAUGUGAGAGGCCAGUAGACAAUGACUAUGCCUGGAGCAAGUUGAAAUAGACAAGCAGAGAUUGAAUUAGUGAAAAUGUGUAGCCAAAUGAAAAUUUUGUAACUCUGUGCAUUUUUAGUUGAUCUUUAAGGUUACACUAAGUUAUCUACUACUGCUUAUUUUCAGGAUAAAUGUCUAAGGACACUUUAUUAUAUUAUUCUUUGGUAUAGCAUGACAAAGUAUCUCGUUUUUUACUUUGCAGGAAAAUUUGAGGUGUUUGUCACAAGUGACAAAAGACACACAUUCAUACAUGCUUUUUCUUCCUUAUUAAAUCUGUAUCCACUGAACUGACUGGCAGUUAGAAUCAUCUCUUUGCAUCCAAAUUUGGAAUUUAUUCACGUUGCCUGCUUUUACAAAUUUUUUUUUAAAUGUGAGAUUUAGAAAAUAAGGAACAACAGGGGUUAAAAAAAAACUAACUGGAUUUGCUUUCUAAUCCUUUAGAUUAGCUUCUUGUACAUCAAUGAUAGUGUCAAUAUAGAAAUUUAUAAUACCUUGGUCAUGCAUGGAGUCUUGUCUCGGAGCUAUAACCCACAACAGCUCCCUGUGUGCAGACACAGUUCCUUUUAAACCUUCCCGAAGAUGGAGGUAAGUAAAGAAAAACAGUUCCUAUUACAAAAUAGUCCAUUUCGUGGGCUGGGGAUAUAGCUCAGUGUCACAGCUCCUGCCUGGCAAGCACAAGGUCCUGAGUUUGAUUCCCAAUACCAAAAAAAAAAAAAAAAAUAGUCCAUUUCGGAGCCCGUUAAAAUAAAUCACAAGUAGACUCGAAUUUUCAGUUUAGUCUUGAAGAACAGACAAACUUCCCUUGAGUUUUGUCUAGGAUUCUGGAACACACAAAGAACAAUAUAAAAACACUUUACAAUUUCCAAACCUCUCUUGCUACACCUAACUGAUCAGAUGAGAGCAACUGAAUCAUGUAAUCAUGUAAUUCAUGUAAUCAAUAUGGAAAAGUUUUAUAGAAUAUGAUAUUAUAAAAUAAAUCUUAUAAUUCUGAUAUGCAACAUUCUUCAGUAUAGUUAAUUUCCCAAAAUAUAUCCCAUCUUCUUGAACAUGAGUUGCCUAUAAAAUUACAAAUGGAAACUAUUACAGCCAUAUAUUGACUUAAUUGAUUUCUUCACAAAAUGUCUACCAGCAGUAUUUCAAAUACUGGAGUCUUUAUUUUUUUUUUGUAUGAAGAAAUAACCUCACUGAAAAUCAGUUAGCUCCACAUUCAGUAACAGUGCAGAUUCAGAAGCGAUCUUCGCUCAGUGGUAACGCUUUGAGUUUGCUUUAAACGUCAGCGAGUCUCAUUCCUGCAGUAUGAGAAAUCCUGGAGUAACAUGAGAAUCCAUUUCUUGUAAAGAAAAAUUAAGUAGUUCAGAGGAAAGACACAAAAGGUAGUACUAACAUCUUUAACAAUUGAUUUACAAAACUGUUUCAUAUCUUUAAAAAUUUGAUCCUAUCAACGACCAUAUAAUGGUAAUAAAAUAAACCAUUAUGUAAACCAUAUAAUAGUAAUUUUGAGGAUUUUAGUAUUAGUGUUAUUAUUCUUAUUACAUGUAUUUUGUAGAUGGAAACAGACUCAGAGCAUCUUAGAACUUGCCAAGGCCUGGCUAGAAUUAGAACUAAAUUCUUAUAACUACACUCCAUGAAACUGUAAGUCUCCAAACUGUUCUGUAAGAAAAAAAAAAUAUUGAACACUUUAACUCUUACAAUUUCUGUUAUUAUUAUGCCAUUCAUAUUAUAUGCAUAUAUGCAAAUCACCAAUCUAAAGACUACACAUUAAUUACCACAAAGUGCAAUAAUGUGUGCCGCAUCUAUACAUACUGGCCCAUCAUCCCCAGCUCUACAGUCUAUGCCUCAGCCUUCACUACAAUAUGACCUUGAGUUGCUUUGAGCUAUUUUUAAUUUUGCCUACUGCUAAAACCUGACAGUGUAGCUUUAUAAAAUGGUAGUCUAAUUUUCAAGGCUCACUUUACCUCCCAGAGCAACUUUCACAGAUUUUUUUAAAAAAAGUUAAAAGUCACACUAUUGGCCUUUUUUUUUUUUUUUUCCUGGUACUGGGAAUUGAACUCACAACCUGGCGCUUGCCAGGCAGGCACUGUGCCGCUGAGCUAAAUCCCCAGCCUCCAAUUGGCUAUUAACAAUAGCCAAUUGGCUAUUAACGAGUUACACCAGAAUUAGUAUUAAUAUAUAAGCGUUCUCAUUCCAUUUUUAUAAAUAAGCCAUUAUGUUUAAAGGUAUUUGAAACAGUUGAAAUGCUUUAUAGAGUAAGUUACAUCCUUUUUUCAAAGAUAAACUGUUCUUUUGUAUAUUUUUUCUCUGAAAACCCGAAGAGGGCUGGAGCUGUAGCUCAGUGAUAGAGUGCAUGCUUGGCGUGCAUGGCGAUCUAGAUUUGAUCCUCAGCACCACAAAUAGAUAAUAAAUAAAUAAACAAACUGAAAAGUCUUUUCAUUGGGUCACUUACUGAAUAGAAUGUUUAUUUCACAAAUGUUAGAAUUAUUAAGGAUUUGUAGUUUUAAUAAUGCAUACAGUUGUGUAGGAAUGCACUUUUAUAUGUAGUAUUUUUAAACAUCAUAAUUUUGCAGCUGCCAUUUCAAAUACUUAUGAUUAAUAAGGUUAUAUGAUUUUUUUUUUAAAGCCAUAACACAUUUUGUCUUCUCACCUGUGGUUUGAAUGUAAAGCCAAUUUUUCACAGACAUUAUUAUGUUCUUGGUAAUUACUAUUUACAGCUAACCUACCUAUCUAUUCAUAUGUAUGUACCCACACAGACACAGAAAAUUACAUUUGCCUUCUUAAAACGUUGAUUUUUAAGUCAGCUGUUAGGCUUCAGUGAUUUCAGCUUUUUGUUCAUGUUUUAUUGGAGAUGUACAUGGUUUCUGAGGCCUUUAAACAAAUAAAUGAAAUGAUUGAAAAAUGUUUAUUGCUCAUGCUUAGCUAAAUACUUCAUCUCUAGAAAAGAUGUAGCUUAUUUUGGCACUGUUUUAAAAACUCAAAUAUUUUAGACAUUUGUUAAGUUGGAGCUUGCAUAUUUGAACUAGUAGCAUACGUUCCAGAAUCGCAUCUCAAGUUACAAAACUUUUUGAAAUACUUUUACUAGAAUAGCUUCUUGAAGAGGUUUUUAUUUCUUUUUUGUGAUGUACUUUAAUGUAAGCUAUGUUAAAUUUAUAAAGGUUGACAUUAUUUUUUAAAAUAGGACUUCAGAAAUAGAAUUUGGCAUUGAUAAAUGUAUAUGUUUGAGAAUCAUUCACAUGUUUAUACUGUUGAUAUUCUUUUGCAGAAGUCUUGAUGUGCUUAUUUUUAAAUAUAUUGUUUUCUAAAUAUAGUUUUGGAGUAUGUUAUCAUUUUGGAAGCUCCAACUUUCUUGACUAUCUGAUUAUUAACAAAGAUGUAUCUUAAUGUACAAACUCAAAUAUGCACCAUACACAUUUGCUUUUUGUUCUCAUAAAAUUCUCUAUUGCAAAUCCUGCACAUUUCAGUGCAAUUCUUAAACAUCAAUCUUGGGGCUGGGGAUUUAGCUCAGUGGCACAGCGCCUGCCUGGCAAGCAUGAGGUCGUGAGUUCAAUACCCGGUAUCAGAAAAAAAAAAUCGAUCUUUAUCAAAUUUAUAAGUGUACAGUCCUGAAGAUACUGUUCUGGAUAUAUGCCCUACUAUUAUUUCAGUAAGGAAAUAGAUUAAAUUACCCAUUAAACUGUGUACGCUUUCCUUAAUAAAGAUGAAAAGUCAAUAUGAGCAAAUUUGUUUGGUACCUUAGGAACCUUUUAAAACUAUUUAGAUAUAAAAUAAAAGUAUAGUAAUAAAGGAUUAAAGGGAGAUAUUAUUUUAGUAAAUAUAAUUAGAAUGAACCUAAGAAAGGAAAGCAAAUUAUUUUAAUUAAAAGAUAAUACAUUGAUCCAAACCUACUACAGAGCACUACUACUAAUUUUUGAAUAUGUAUUUAGAGUAUUGUGUGAUCAAGAGCUGAAAUCUAAAGACUGAUUCUUCUAAGUUUGAUUAUUUAAACAGGAUGAGAUAAAUGUAAACAGACUAUGUAACAUAAUAUGUAGUAAAAAGAGAAUUUCAAGCUCAAUAGGACAGGGGCUAAACAGUAGUCUCUGGGACAAAGGUUCUAUAAACUGGUAGUAUCUGAACUGUCACAUAACUGUAUUUUAAGAAAGUUGUGGUUUCCUUGUUGUGUGAUACCAUGUUACUUCACCACAGCCUUAGUGAUAUUGUGAUUUAUUUUACUUCUUCAUUUGUAUACAAUGUUCACAUUGUUACUGUUUUUAAAUGGUCAACUACUCUAAGAAGAUUUUUGAAAUAAAAAUGAAGUUACAGUAUUUUAUAUUACCCAUGUAUUUACCAUUCCCAAUGGUCUUUGUAUGUGUAGACCCAUUUCCAGGAUCCUUUUCCUUCUACCUGUAUAUUUAUGAUCUUGUCUACUGCUGGACUAUUGGCUCAACUUUUGCAUGUCUGAAUAGGUCUCUCUUUUGCUGCCUUCAUUUUAUGGAAAAAAAAUUGCUGGUUAUAGAAAUGUAGGAUAACAGGGUUUUGUUGCUUGUUUCACUAUGUUAAAGAGGUUGCUCUAGUAUCUCUUACUUGCUGUGUUCUUGCUGUCAUUGUUACUUUUGUCCUCUGUACAUAAUGUGUCCUCUUGAAGCUUUUAAAGAUUUUUUCCUUUUGUCAGUUAUUUUAACUGAUUUGAUCAUGAUAUGCUAUGGUAUAGAUUUCUGCAUGUUUUUGUGCUUAUGUUUUGUUGAACUUCACAGCUCUGUUAAUCUGUAGUGUUUUAUCAUUGGAAAAUUUUCAGCUAUUAUUUUUACCAAUAUUUCUGUCCUCCACCAUUUUCUUCUCCCUUUGGAACUACUAUUUGAGAUUCAUUAGUUCCACAGCUCAGUCAUGCUUCAUGCAUUUUUUCAGUCUCUUAUUUUCAUUUUGUCAGUCUUAUUUUCUGUGUUGCAUUUUGAAUAGUAUUUCUUUGUCUUCAGACUUAAUAAUAAUUUCUUUUGCAGUGUCUAAUGUGCUAUUAAUCUCAUUGAGAGCCUUUUCUCCAAUUUUUGUUUCUGUUUGUUUUUUCCCCUUGUCGUGAGUUAUAUUUCUUACUUUGGAUGUGUGAUAAUUUUUUACCACACAUGAGUGAAGGAUAUUUUUAUAUUGGUUUAAAAUUGUUUUCAGCUAUGUUCAAGGAUGCAGUUAUAUGACUUGGAAAUAGAAUGAUAUUCUUAAGCCUAUUUCAACUUUGAUAAAUAGGACCAGAGCAGCCAUUAAUAAGUCUAAGAUUUUCCCACGCAACUCCUAUAACUCCUACUGAACACACUACCUUAGGCCUUGCUUAUUAUUAAGACAUUUCUACUUGCACUGGUCACCACAAAAACUAUUUGUAGGCCAUGUGUGAGUUUCAGUCACUGUCUUGCCUCUUUCUGAUGCCUAUGUUUUGCUCUGUCCUUGAUAAUUUGUGUGUGUACAUGUACUGGUCAGUACUCAGAGAAAGACCCAAGGAGUGCUCAGCAGCGGCCUGAAACUUGUUCACUCUCUCUCCACAGCCAAUCUCAGUUCCCCAUCCCUGCUCUGUGCUCUGUAAAUUUUGCAGAUCAUGGAGUGGGGCACUGGUAGAGCUCACUUUGUUGCUCUUCUUUCAAAAGUCACUGUCUAAUGCUACCUGUUACCCAAAGUCCAAAAAAUUGCUUCAUGUAUUUCACUGAGGGAAUUUUUUUUCUAGUUAUUUAAUGUGUUAUAAUACAUCUAAUACCUGUUAAUCCAUCAUAGCCAAAAGUGGAAGUCUUCCAGUAACUCUUAGAAUGCGUCCUGUUAAGGGUUAGCUUCCCUCUUACAGAGAUGUCAACUGCACCGCCAUCUUGUUCUAUUGAAAGUAGUCUUUGUUUUUCUGGAUGGUUACUGCCCAUUCUUCAUUUAUUUUGUCGUUUGGAAGUUUAUUCUGUGCCUAGAUGUGGUGUUCUGUGUAUUCUUUGCUUGAGUUCAGAGACCUCCUUAAAUCUCUGAUUUGAUAUAUUUUGUGAGUUUUAGAAAAUCUUUAGUCAAUAUCUGUUUCUCCUUCUGAGACUGUAAUUAAUUAUAUGUUAACUUUUUCACUGUUUUCCUGUAUAUCUCUUUCCUCCUGUAUUUUCCAUUCUAUAUUUUACUCUAUAUUCAUCAGUUUUGAUUUUAAAAAAAAAGUCUUUCCAUUUCCCUAAUUUCAUCUUCUAUUGUGAAACCAUCUUAAUGUGAGACUAUAUUUUUCAGAUCUACAGUUUUCUCUUUGUUUUGUACAUUCAAGUUCUCUUGGUGAAACACUCAUUUUUCUAAAUCUAUUUUCUCCCCCUUUACCUCUGUUUUCAUGAUAACUUUCAGUCAUAGUUAUUUUAACCUCCAAGUCUUUCGCUCCAAAAUCUGAAUCAUCUGUAAGUCUUUUUCUAUUGUCUAUUUUUUUCUCUUGGAAUACCUACAAAUGUUUUACCAAAUGCAAGAAAUCCUAAACCUCCAGAUGAUUUCCUUGCCUUCCUCUUGAUAGAGUUUAUCCUUUAUUCUGCUGGGAAAAUUAAGUGGAAUCCAGUUACAUUAAUAUAGUGAAGCUGGGUUGCAGUUUGAGUAAAACCCCACUGUCUCAAACUUGCUUUUUUUCCCUGUGGACUUCCAAUGUUGAAAGUGAUAGCUUCACCAGUCCUGUUUAAGAUAGUCUCAUCUUUAACUUUUUUAACCACCUUUUUAGGAUAGCUCAGAAUUUACAAGGGUUUUGGAAGGGAAAAUUAGGCAUGCAUUCCCCUUAGGUCUCCAGUUUUGUCACUUGAACUCUUCAAGACUGCCAACUGUUCUGCUGGUUUCUCUGUCCCUAGCAGCAGUCCUCUGCUGAACAAACCCCAGAAGUUCCAUUUUCUCAUCUUCUCCCCAAACCAGCAAAUGCCUCCAAGAGAAAAGCAGCUGUAGAUCAUCAGUUUACCUCUUACUAUUCUCUCCUUUGUGGAAUCUUAGUCCCUUAAGCUAUCUUUGUUUUAUCCCUUUCUGACAUUUUUAAAUAAAUACCCUUUUGUAGUUUACCCAGCUUUCCUAGUUUUUCUUGGUAGAAGCCGCAGUCUACCACAAACCACUCUGUUCUGUAUAAAAAACAGAAAUCCAGUGAGUUUUUAAUUUCUCUUAUUAUACUUUUACCUUUUAGAGGUUAUAUUCCUUCAUUACCAAAUGCACUUUUAUAGGCUUUGUUUCUAUCUUGUGUUUCCAAUCCCUUUUUGAAUUUUCCUAUAUAUCUUAAACAAACUUAUGCUGCCUGUUAUGUCUGUAUUUCCCCAUUACCUAUCACGUUUGGUGAUUUGUGAAUGUGAGCUUUUAUUUCUUAGAAUUAUUCUCUGUGGGACUUUUUAACACCUGGGUUAAAGGUGGGUUCCUCCACAGAGGCCUUGCAUUUGCUUUUUCCUGUUAGUUGGAAGCAUGCAUAGAUGUUGGAUCACUUUUAAAUCUUAAUUUGAACUUUAUUGACUCACUUAAGUAAUGUUAAUGUUGGUUGAACACCCACUUGAGGACUGACUUGUUAUAAAAUUUGUAGGGGAAAUAUUCUUUUGGCCUCUACUCAGCCUGAAUUCAAGAUUUCUGUCCAUUGGUGAGUCUUGGGCUUUGUCCCCCAUCCCCUUGUACAGUAGAAGUUUAUGGAAGCCAAGCUUGGCUUUACCCCUAAUAUAAAGCAAAUAAAUAUUGUCAAGGUUUUAAAAAAUGAUUUUUGUGUUACCACUGUGGGUUUCCAGUUGCACUUAGAUUUGGCCCUCUGAAUAUUCCUUACUGAGGGUCAUAAUUGAUGCAUUUUAAAAGAUGUUUGUCAUUUUCUGUGCAACAUUUUUAGUCGCAUAGUACAGGAGGUGCGAGGUGUAGCGUAGCAGGAAACAGCAGAACAGUAGUCAGGAAUCAAAUGUUAUUAAACUUACACGGUGGGGGAGAAAAUUAUACUGGUAGUAAAAUGUUCUCAGUUUAGCAUUACUUGUAUACAUGAGCAAAAUGAGCAGAAAAUAAAUUUACCUUCCAAGAACCAUAAUUGCAAUUCUUUGCCCCUACUUGGUAACUAUAAGCAGUUUCUUUUUUUAUUAAAGUAGAGAAAAUGAUUGAAUAAUUCAAAUUAGCCCUGGCAAGAAAACUAACAGCUGCCUACAAUGAAAUGUUUGAGUUAUGAGCCAUGUGCCACUUUGGUUUAUCUGAAGCCAAAAGAUUCGGAAUCCUUCUUCAAUUAACCGUGUUGCUUGGGAGGGCCUGGUUGCCCUGCACAAGAGCUGCCUGGUGGUGACUAAGAGGUAUCUGUAACACACAAGUUCAGGCCUUGCAACUCUGUUUUUGUUGUUUGAACUUUCCUCUCCCUUGUAGCUAGGGAUCCAGCGUGGAAUUUAAACACUUGUGUGGUAACUCCAUUCCUUCAUCCAUUGUAUUGUUAAGCUCCAGCUAACGAACUUUUAACGCCGGCUCCAGUAAGGCAAGACAUAGAAAACAGCAGCAAUUUCUGGCAGUAUAAUUAAAACUAUGAUUUAUAUGUCUUUACACAGCAGCUUAGAUGCUUUUGCGCGUCUGGUCCAACUAUCCCAUAAAAACUAGGCUUUGUAAAUUAUAUGAAAACUAAAGAAAUAAAACAAGACAUGCUUAAGAAAGCUUUCAUGCAGAAGUGACUUUCACUUCAAAAAUCAUACCUACUGUAGCAGAAACUGCAAAAUAUAUACCUGUUUAAGAUUUACAUACUUUUCUAAAUAGAGAAACUAAAAUUACAUAACAUUUGAAAGAUGAGAAGUGCCACAUGCACCAGUUAUGUAUACUUUAUCUCAUGUGGCCUUCCCCUUCUAUGCCAAUGUUUUUAGUUGCUUAGGGAGAUCCUCCUGAUAAUAUCUCAAAGAAUGCUGGUUGGCCCUAUAUAGAUUAUGUACACAUUGGCUUGCUAAGGACAAGUUCUGCUUUGAAAUCUCUAGGCUUUACUUUGCUUCUAAACAUACUGUUUUGAAUCUAAAAUUAAAAUGAGAGAAAAGAUUGCAUUUCUUCUCUAAAUCACAGUCCAGUUCUUAAGAUCAUUCUGGGUGAGGAGAGGUGUUCAAGUAUGGUUGGAACAAUUAUAUAAUAAGUUGAUAUAAAACAUCUGUUUUAUUGCUUUUAAGAGCUGCGCUUUACUUAAAUCUGUACACUUAUGUCUUACUAGCCACUAAUUUGCGUUUUGUUACAUCACAGCUUGUUGCUUUGCAAAACUAGAUGUGCUUUUUGCAUCUUUUCUUAAACUGUGGUUAUGUUGCAAAGAAUAGUUGUGUACUUUUCUUUAGGUGACACAGAUAAUGUGACUAAUUAAUCUUGUCUGUCUACUAGAAGUGAAGAAAAACUUUUGAAAUGAGAAGUUUCAUGUAAAACUUCAAUAGUAAUCACUUUCUGCUUUUGUAAACCUGCAACACCAUAGUUACACUAUGGGAUGAAAGUUUAAAUAUUAUAGAUAUUAUUGUCUCUAAAUUUUAGUCAAAACUGUCUGGGCCUAUGUUAGGUUUUUAAGAACCAGUUGCCUAAAUCAUACGUAGAUGUUCUAUGCCACAUUAUUUUAUUUUCUUAUGAAUAGCAAAAAAAGUAUUAUGCGAGAGUCUGUGCUCCAAGCAUACACUGCAUUUCAGUUCCAGCUGCUUUUUCAUUGUUUAAUUCAUUUGCCAUUUUUAAACCUCUACUAAAUCAAAUCUACCUUCUUGUUUAAAUCCAAUUUAUCCUUCAAAGAACACUUACGUGCCACCUCCUACAAGAAGCAUUUCCCCAUUCUCCACCCCCACUCCACAAGCAAGUUGUAGUUAUCUCUCUUCUGUGGGCCUUACACCUCUUUCUGCAGCUCUCUGUUAGUGUAGUUUACUAAGUUUCUCUUGCUUCAGUAUUUCUGUACUCUCUCCUGUUAGAAUGCAAGCUUCUGAAGAUCAGAGAUUCAGUCUUACUCAUAUUUCUUUGCACAGGCUCAACCGUAGCACAUCAGUGAAGACAAAAAGAGUUGUUAUCCAGUUCUUUACCCUAGAAUAAAUCAAAUCAACAAAUAUUUAUUGAAUGUCUACUAUGUGCAAAUAGCCCUGGACUGGUCAGCUUUUAAAAGCCACCCGACUUUUCACAUUGACAAAUCAAAGCAUUAUUAUUUGAAGCAUUGCAGAAGCUGCUUCCAUUUCCUGAAGGUGACAGAGCAUAUGAGGAUCCUGCAAUGAUUUGGGGGUACAGAAAGACAAGGCUAAUUGGCAGAUUGAAAAGAGGAGAAAGAGCACUCUAAAAUAUCAGUACGGGUGGACUGCGUCACGUUGAUUUCAGCGCAUGAGCUUGAGCAAUCUUCCCUCCUGCUUUAUCUUCCUAAAUAGCUUGGUGACUUUACUCGGACUGAUUUCUACUAAAAUGAGAAACAAAACCCAGAUGGCAGUGAACCGAGAAGUGAAGUCUAAGCUUGGAUAAUGAAUAUGCGAAGGAGGUCCAGCAGUCCAUCAGAUGUGGAAUUUGUGUGCCGCAAUUCAAGACAAAGAUUAAACUUCCACUUGAUGUUGCAAAAGGCAUUUUAUGCAAGAAAUGAAAGGCUGAAGAGGGGAAAAAAUUCUCUGGGGGGAGCCUUUCCCCUGAUCGCUGCUUUUGAAGUGAAGGGGCCCGGGCAUUGUUGUUCACCUCGCGGCCCAUACGGCUGAAGAAAGCCCUGGCUUUUGAUGCGCUGAGAACCGCCCGGGCCCUGAGCACCACGUCGGGCCGCGGGCUGCGGGCAGCAUAUGUCUCGGGCGCCCGGGCAGCGUCUGGCGGGGAGGAGCUCGCCCCGGGAGAGGACCCAGGCCGGCGUCGGGCGCCGGGGCCCUCGGGCCUCGAGCUGGAUCUGCAGCUCCUCCAGCCCACUUGGAGAAGUAGCGCAGGGCCUCUGCCAGUGCUUGAUGGGUUAAGAUCUCAGACCCGGAGCCACAUAGCCCUUUGGGGUGAGGAUGGGCAAAACAAGAGUCUCGGUAAGGGCAACAGGCCCAGCUGCUCGGAAGGCUUUCUUCUCAUCCCCUGGGACCCAGCCCCGAAGGCGCCUGGCCUAGGUAGAGCUUGAGGAGUCCACGAAGGCGCGCGCUUCAGGGCGGGCGUCUGCGAACCCGGGACGGACCCCGCGGGCACGCGGUGGGGAGGGCGCGGGAGGCGACCGCUCGGCAGCAGGCGUGGCCAGCUCGGCCACACUCAGUUUCUCCAGCGCCCUAAGCGCUUGCCGCGCGGCUCUGAGCCUAGGGCGGCGCGUUAGCCUCGGGUCACCUUUUGGAAAACUUGUUGCAGGCAAUGAAGUUUACUUUCAAUGCCCAACACGAACUCUUCUCACUCCGGUUCGUUCCCCUCUAUCCGCUUCCCCGGGCUGCCUCUGAGCUCUUUGGCCCAAGGGUCAGCAAACCAGUAUAGUUCGGUUCCUUCCCCGCCCUCCGUACCUCCAACCCCCCUCUCGGAAGGAUCCGGGUUGUCUGCCCCAUUAAUAUAUUAGCCGGCGUGACACAAAGGAAGCGCGUGUCGGCAGAAGGCGGUGUGACUCCAGGGAGAGGAGAGGAGACCUGGGCCGUCCCCUGCGCUACCACACGGGUCACUGCGGUCUGAGCUGCUAAUUUGGCCUCCACCGGGGAGAAGCUGCGGAGGACCCAGCAGGAGUUACCGCUGCUCGCCGAACGGCUACUGGGUGGGGCGUUUGUAACUGGGGAGCAGGAAUGAAGCUCAAGUCUCCAAGGUGGGACCCAGAGCGGGGGUAACGUUCCAGAAUCCCCCAGUCGCCUCCAUUAGGCAAGGAAAACCAGCUCCCCAGGAGGACAGCAGUAGGUGGACACCCACUUCCCCCCUUGAGUAUAAUGGGCCCUUAAAAUUAAACAUUUAACGAAAACCAA